GCGUGCGGUUUCAUUCAUAACUAAAAUCGGCAUUUAACGCCCAAAUUAAACUAUGCGGGGAAGGCUGACGCUAUUUGCGUGUGAUGGACAGCGUCAAAUGGACCACAUUAAGUAGCCUAGAAUAAGGGUUCACUCUCUUUGACCUGGACCAUGAGCAAUGACUCGCCUGUACUGACAAGCCUGACGGAGAACUCCACCGAGGUGCCAGUGUCGGCAGGGCGGGUGGAGAACUAUGUGCUCCUGCUGGUCCUGCUGUGUGUGCUCGCUGGAGGCUCCCUGAUCCUUCUGUCCGUGCUGCUGUUGUUCUGUCACCGCUGCUGUGUGGGCGGCCGCCGCUACUCCAGGGCCAGUGAUGAUCCAGAGAAGACUAAUACCACCUAUGUGGAGGAUUCACAGCCCACACAAGACAUCACUAUCAGGCUAGAUGAGUCAGAUGCACUCUCGGCGUCUUGCUGCCAUGAUGAAGAGACAGACAGGUUCAUGUCCACUUGCGCUACUGGCCGCCGGGUCUCCUUCAAUGAGUCAGCUCUUUACGAAAAGGAGAGCAAGACUCAGGACAAAGGACGCAGGUACACCCUCACAGAAGGAGACUUCCAUCACCUGAAGAAGGCCCGUCUGACCCACCUCCCCCUGGCCCCCCCCCCCUCCACCCUGAAAAUCCUCACCAUCAUGGAGUGUGAGUCUACAGAGAGCAGCAGCCUCAACGUCAACGAACCGCCCGCUCCCAAACUCCCCCUCUAUCCCCUCUACCAGUCUUCUGAGAGGUCUGCGCCUGCCUGGUUGGGCCAAAGCUCUAGUAAUACCCUCCCUGGAGACAUCCACCACAACAUCCUGCUGGACUCCAGACUCAGCCACAGUCCACCAAUCCUGUGCCCCCCGACCCCCCGCUCCAGAACCACGGAGGCCGUAGGGGACGGGGCGUGGGUCAGGACGGAAGGAGAGGUAGAGAUGAGAGGAGUGAGGGGAAAGUCUCUGGCCCCCGGACACCAGGGUUCCGUUCUGCAGUUCUUCUGCAAACUGAGACGGCAUGCCAGCUUGGAGGGGGCGGGUCCUUACUUCAGGAAGUGGAAGUUUGACAGCAGCCAUCGUGCCGCCAGUCUAGAUGCCAAAGGCUCUCCUAAGAGGCGUCCGUUCCAGAGACAGAGAGCAGCCAGUGAUAACGCAGACCCAACUGAAGAGGAUUCACCCCCUCUCCCUUUCCGCUGUGACAUCAUCCAGCCCCUCCCACACACACACAGCCAGAGCAACGGCCUCCAGCGUCUCUCUGCAGGGUCGCUAUCGCCCCCCACCUGCCCACCCUCACCCUGUCUCAGCAGGUUAGAGGUGGAGGCGGUGGUGGAGGCUGCCAGCAGCAGCAGCAGCAGGACAGAGAGAAACGCGACUCACCCACCACCAGAGCCCCCUGAGACCCAAGAGAGAGAGCAGGAGCCUGAGGAGGAAGCGACAGGAACAGGGUUAUGGAGAGAAGAAGCUGGGGCAGUGACAAGAACAGAAGCAGGAGAGGAGGUCAAUGUAUGGGUUGGGCCAGGAGAAGAGUCAGAUGAAGAGGAAGAGGCAGAUAUUUUAGGGACAGAACAAAGGGUGGGUAUGGGAUCAGAGAUAAUGGAAUGUAUGUGUGCAGACCAAGCUCAGGAGGGAGGAGAUUGUUUCCAGGCAGAACUAGGAGCUGAGGCAAGGAUAAGGGCAAGGACUGCGGAUGGGUUGGGGGACACUCCAAAGACAGAAGCAGGGGUGGGGGUAAGAGCCAAGACAAGGGUAGGGGCUAUUCUGGGAACAGAAAGAGAGCCCGAGACAGCAGUCAGGCUUGAGUCAACGAUAGAGGUGGGGGAAACACCAGGGGCAGAAUUAGAAGUUGAGGCAGGGCUAGGGACAUCAGGGGUAAGGAUAAAGGCAGAUUCAGGAUCAGGGUUAGAAGGGGUGCUAGGUGCUGGAGCAGGGCCAGGGAUAUGGGAAGAUCCAGGGCCUCGAUCAAGGUCUGGGUCUGGGGUGUGUAUCAGUCGACAGGAGAGCACUGAGACCCAGCCCUCUCUGUACAGAGACAUCUGGAGCCUGCGAGCCUCUCUGGAGCAGUAUGCCUCCUCGGAUCAGAGCAGUACGGACAGGGAGUCCAUACGCAGCGACGCCGACAGCGUGUGUUCGCUAGGAGGCGCCGCAGCCCGGUCCAGCUUCACCGCCUGCCUCUCCCAGGACCUUGGUGACGAACUGGAGGGAGAAUGGGAGUAUGGGGACACGGGAAGGGAGGGGGGAGACAGGGGACAGAGGGAGACAGAGGGGGAGGCGGAAUACAGGGACACUGGAAAAAAGAUUGGGCACAGGGGGGUCCAGAGGAGAGAUAGUGAGGGAGGAGGAGGAGAAGGGGGAACCGGGGAAACCGGGGGAGGAGGAGGGGAGGCGGGCAGCCGGAAGCUCCUACAGAUGGACAGCGGGUACACGUCCAUUGAGGCUCCGAUGCGGGCCACUGAGGAGCUGAGGCUGUUCGGGGCCCCUGGAGGCCCCCGGGGAAAGACGGCAUCGGAAAGAAGGCUGUUCUUCACCAGCUCUGGGAGGAAGGGCACCGUGUGUGAGAGCUUAGAGGCCAAGGUGUUCCAGGAGGAGCUGGAGGAUGAGAUGGGAAAGAAUACUGAGGGGGAAGAGAAACCUGUAAAGAGGUCCCCAAGGUCCCCUAAUGGAGGAAAGACGCUUAUCCUCAAAGAACCACCACAAUCGGUAUCACCGCUAAAAUCGCUACAAUUGCAACAACCGCCGCUACAGUCACCCCAACCCCAAGCCAUGCCCUCGCCACGGCCCGUACGCCUACGUCGGCGUGACUACAGCAUUGACGAGAAGACGGACGCACUGUUCAACGAGUUCCUGCGUCACGAUCCCCGCUUCGACCAGCAGGAGUCGCCACUGCGCUCCCGGCACCGCUCGCGCAUCCACCUUCGCAAGCAGUGGCAGCGCCACAAGCAGUACAGCGACCCAGGGUCUGGUGCUGGGGGGCGCUAUUCGCCCUCUCUGGAGAGGCAGAGUUUCAGACCCUUACGGAGGGGCGACAGUGCGGGAUACCCUCUAGAUACACGCUACCAUAGCACGCUGUCUCGUAUAGCCAGCGCAGCCGACGAGGAGGCCAGUGAAGGGGCAGCUGGCGAGGGAGCAACCAAUGAGGGUGCGGCCUGUGAGGGUGCAGUGCAUGAGAGCACAGACGUUAAGGAGUCAACCAAUAAGGGCACAGGGAAUGAGACUGUAGCCAAUCAGGACACAGCUAGUCGGUCAUCUGACGUACUGAGGGCUGAGGCCAGUGGGAUGGACCCGAGGGUAGACAAUUACAACAACAACAGUAGCCAAGCUUUGACUCUAGCAGAGAGUUACUCCUCUGCCCCCACACAGAACCCCCCUGUGGCUCUCCCUAAGUCCCUGAAAGACUCCCUCAUAGAUCCCCCUAUUCUCCACAUUGAGGACCCUGAAUCCUCAGGCUUAAAUCCCCAUCCUCAGCCCCAGGCUCAGGCUCCAUCCCCUCGCCUGUCUGAUAAGCUUUCUGUGACCAUGGAGGACAGGCUCUACACUGGAUUGUGGAGGACAGGGCAGGGUCAGGGAGGACCAGAGUAUGUGGUGGGAGCCAUCUCCCUCUCCUCUUCCCCUGAGCCCUCCAGCCCUGUGUAGCCGGCUGACUUUUCACUCCUCCAGUUAGCUUCAUGUCAUCUCACUUCAGUUCAUUCAAUGGAUGAUUUUGUUCAAUUUCUACUAUAUAGCAUUAAAGAAACGAAAGACCUUCCCACAUAUAAGUGACCCACCCUUUUCUCUGGCUUUGAGCACUUCCUCAUGACUGACAUCACUUCCUGUACAGGUAUAGGCUCUGGUUAGUGCUAUCCGGGGUCCUUGUGGCAUCCCAGCCCUAACCCUAACCUUAAGCCCUACCCUAACCUAACCUUAACCGUUUUAAAUUUCAACUUCAAUUGGGUGACGUCAGAGUUGGGACGUCCCAAGGAUACCAUUUAGACUUAUAGGCUCUGGUACAGGUUUCUUGACUUGAUACCCAAUACACAUAUGAAAUGACAAUAUGGCUAUUGGCCGCACUCUCGAUUCUCUUCCAGUGUGAUUCCCUACAGCCUUAUGUUACCAUGAAACUAGGUGCUGUGGCAUCUUUUCUAAUAGACUAUGAAAGAUAUGCGACCUUAGAUUUCCAUUGUUACCGGUAUAUUCUUGCUUUAGAUAGAUAUUCAUCUCGGUUAACCCAGAACUAAAAUCUUGCGUAAGUUGUUCAGCUUACUCGAUUAAGUGCUGGGUCUAUACAUGUUAGAAAGGGAGAGUUCCGGUUUGCGAAGUCUCCACCCUUGCAAAAGGAAACUCUCAGCCAAAGCCCCCCCAAUUUGUUUCAUUAGUCCAUUGCUGAUAUAGUCCCAAAAUGUUUUGCA